AUGGAUCCAAAUUUGGAUCCCAGCUUGAAUGAUGGCUUAACCAGUAACCUCGAUCCCAGCCUGGCUGCUGAGGAUUUGCAGGACCAGAGUCUGCAGGAUCUGCAGGUUCCCCCUGACCUGCCUCCUUAUGAACCGCGUCCGCUCGCGGGCAGUCGACGUGCCGGCAUUAGGUACAAGGCUUAUUCGCAAGAGGACUUUGAGCGCGCCAUGAGGGCUGUGAGGGAAGAGGGCAUGUCGCUGCGCAAGGCUUCAAUGACCUACAAUGUCCCAAAAACGACAUUGGCCGAAAAGCUCGGCGACAAUUGUCCAAAUCUCCCACCGCUGCAGGCAACGCGAAAGAAUCGGAUAGCCACCCGCUAUACAUGGACCGAGGCCGACAUGGAACAAGCCGUAGCUGCCGUGGCCUCGGGGACGCACGCUUCAGAAGCCGCAAGACAGUUUGGCGUUCCCUACAGCAAUCUCAACUCGAGGACAAGAGGCCGACCACCAAGGGAGCUCAAGGCAGAUUUGGCACGUCUCACGCUCAAGCAGGAGAAUCUGCUAGUCGACUGGGCACACGCUCAAUGCGAGUUGGGAUUUCCCCCAACAAAGGACCAGAUUUACGAGCUGGCUUCAAAGGUCCUGGAUAAGAGCAAUCCCGGUCAGAAGCUAGGCAAGCAGUGGGUUGGCCAUUGGCUUCGAAGACAUCCACAUAUCACUGCGCUUGAAUGGGCACCGAAAACAAAGUGGGAGAAGAAGCCGGCCAAGCCAUUUGAUCCAAGCGCCUACACAAACAGCACCACAACAUUUCCCGACCAGUCUUUUGUGCCGGACACGAGCACCCUGGAUGGCGACCACGUGGGCAUGGUCAUGGACAAUGAUGCCCACCAUGAUGGAGAAGAUCUCGUUAGUGCUGAAGCAGGGCUUGGUGAGGUUGCAAGUCUCAUCAUUCAGACAUGA